UUUUUAUUGUGUAAAUAAAUGUUUGUUACAUUUUUAUAAACAAAUUAAGAAAUUAUAAUUUUCACGUUAAUUUCUAGGUAAAAAAAAAAAAACUCCUAAAGACAUUAAUUGCAAUUUUGCAAUAUAAGUACGAUAUCAUGCCCACUCACAUUAGAAUAAAGACUCCAGUCAUAUCAGUAACUUUAUAAAAGCUGUUUUAUUCUACAUGGAGAGGGUCCGCACACUGGGGGCAGCCAUUUUAGAAUAUCUCAGUACCCAUCCUGUUAUCUGACACUUUAUCUGACACUUUCACUCAGUGAUUGAAGUAAUCAUGGCUGACUGUGAAUAGGCUACUACAUUUCUACAAUGGCAUUUGAAACUGAAAACUAUUGAUUUUAAAUUAUGCUUCAUUCAAGCAUAGUGUCAGUGUAAGUCCCAGACGACACAAAUACAAAAGUAACUGAGUACACCUUUAAUAAACACAAAAAAGAAAACCAAGCACCAUAAUACAACAACAACAACAGCAAAAUGAAUAAAAAAAUACUAUACACGGCGUGUGACGUCACCAACAAAGACGGAGCGUGGCCGCGCAUGACGUAACCUAGUUACGGUGUUGUUAGCAGGCAAGUGAGGCUACUGGCUAAGCACAUGUCUUACGCUUCACUGUUGUUUACAUAUAUGUACAUGACAUGGACGAGCAGCCCGUGGACGCGGGGACUAAAAUGGAGCCCGAAGUGUCUGCGAACACGUGUGAAAUAAAAACAAGCGAUGUGUACAAGGUGGAUAAAAACGUACCGAGUCGCUUUAAUAAUCCAGAGUGCUUCAGAGGAUACAGCAACAAGAUUAUCCACCCUCUUUACCAAACAACAAAUCAAACAUAUGGAAGCAAAAAGCCAACAGUUCAUGAAAUGCCGACAACCUUUAAUGGAAGUCGGCGGAGGUUUUCAGAGCAUCAUCUGAAAAGUGGGAUGUACAGAGAUAAUGGCUUCAACGCGGCGCUGGACAAGAGCCGAAUCACUGGACCAAACACAACGACCAUGUUGCAAGAUAGAGUUAAUUUCCAUCGCUUAUACCACACAAAUGGAGAAUCUCAAUAAAUUAAUUUCCUUUAUUUUGUAUAUAACGAAAAAGUUAAGAUAAUUUGAGAUACCCUUUAGUUUACGUUAGAGCCGUUAACCAUGAUUUGUUACUUGUUAGUUGGUUGCUGGUAGUAUAAAGCCCAAAGUGUACUUGGGGUUUGACAUGAAAUCAGGCCGCACGCGUUCAGUGCUUGCCUUGAGCGCUCUGCUUAUGACAAAAUCUGCAUCACACAUCCUGUACACAGACAACUAGCAUUUGCAUCUGACUGAGGUAUACUUUGGGCUUUAGAGGAAGGGGACAUUCUUUUUUUCAGAGAGCAUUUGAAUCAUCAGUAUUUUUGGCCCGUUUUCCUGGAAGAGAAAGCCUGUCAAUUUUAUACAUGGCGUCAAAGCUCACAGGCAUAUACUAAAAAAAAAAGUUACAGUUUUGAUUUCAUAGGGUCUUCAAUUUUAGGUGUUACCAUUGAACUCAGAGAAACUGGUCGAAUCCACUGUCUUCAAACACACUUUGCAUGAAUAAAAGGUAGACAAACUAAAUCAACAAUGUCAAUAUAGUUUAUUUUAUUUGGUGCAGUAGAGUAAAAUUCCAAAGUAGACCUGAACAUGAACGUCCAGUUAAUAUUCUCUCAGUGUGAGAUCCUCACACAUAGUGGAAGCCAUCAAAAUAUAAUCCACGAGUUUUAGAAGCACUUUGAACCAAUAUGUGGAGGUAAAGCAGUACAAUCAAGCAUGUUAAAAACAUAAAAUGCAGUGAGGUUGAAAUAAGACAAACUGUGACAACAGCAAUUCAAACACUUUAUCAAUCAAACCUACCAGCAUAAACCUAAAUUUGGGAAGUGCCCCUUCGGAAACACAAUUCAUUUCUCAUUGCUGUUGCUACAUUGAGGAUUACUGGUGAAUGGCGUACGGUUUUAAGGGUUUUGGUGUCAACUUUUUCCCUGUUUUUCCUUGGAGCUGUAAGCAGCAAAAUAUUGUCCAGGGGGCUGGAUUGUCAUGUCCUUUAAACCUCCAACAUUAUUCAUAAAAUAAAAGGCACUUCAAAACAUUGUAACAAAA